GCAAGAGCGCUUCUGUGAAGGGGGCGGGCUAUAUGUGUGAAGGGGGCGGAGACUUGAGUGUGCCCCGCCCCAGCAGCCAGUGAGUGCAGUUUGCAGCCUGAGCUGCCUGAGUGUUGUAGACUCCGCUGUCCGUGUGGCUGUGCUGCUGUGAGCUGGCCGGUUAUGAAGAUUUCGGGUCUUGUGCCCUCCGUGUAGAAAAAUGGAGACAAUCAUUUGGGAGUGCGGCUAGCCGCUGGAAACUGGAAUCCGUUCUGCGUAAAGAUGAACCACAUCGUAACAUGAGACGGAACUCACUGGGAAUAAUAUUGCUUUUUCUGUCCGCGGAGAAUGUUUUGGAAAUCCCUCUAUAAUCAAUGCAGACUGAAGUCGGCGCCCCCCAGAGAGCUGUCCCCUCGGAGGACUCCGCGGGAUAGGAGCUGAAGAACGGCCAUGGCUUCGGUUGGCUUUACCAUGGCUGCCUACACGGUUUUGUGCUCCGUGUGGGUGGCUGUUGCGCUCGUUGAGCACGCCGUGGGGCACAGUCUAUUUGCAUGCGAGCCCAUUAUACUGAGAAUGUGUCAGGACCUUCCCUACAAUUCCACCUUCAUGCCCAAUCUCCUGAACCACUACGACCAGCAGACUGCGGCUUUAGCCAUGGAGCCCUUCCACCCUAUGGUGAAUCUGGAGUGCUCCAAAGACUUCAGGCCUUUCCUUUGUGCCCUGUACUCGCCCGUCUGCACCGAGUAUGGGCGGGUCACACUCCCGUGCCGCAGGCUGUGCCAGCGAGCCUACAGUGAAUGUUUUAAGCUCAUGGAUAUGUUUGGCGUGCCGUGGCCAGAGGAAAUGGAGUGUAACAGAUUCCCAGAUUGUGACGAACCUUACCCCCGGAUGGUGGACAUCAGCGUCUCCAGAGAGCCAACAGAUGACAUACCUCUAGCAGUGCAAAGGGACUACGGCUUCUGGUGCCCUCAGGAGCUAAAAAUCGACCCCGACUUGGGUUACUCUUUCCUUGGAGUACGUGACUGUUCUCCACCCUGCCCACACAUGUAUUUCCGAAGGGAAGAGCUCUCCUUCGCUCGAUACUUCAUUGGAGUAAUAUCUAUCGUUUGUCUCUCAGCCACGUUGUUCACCUUUUUGACGUUCCUCAUCGAUGUCACCAGGUUUCGCUACCCGGAGAGACCCAUCAUAUUCUACGCCGUCUGCUACAUGAUGGUGUCGUUGAUCUUCUUCAUUGGCUUCCUACUGGAGGAUCGAGUGGCGUGCAACGCUUCCAGCCCUGGCCAGUACAAGGCCUCCAGUGUGACCCAAGGAUCUCACAACAAGGCCUGCACCAUGCUCUUCAUGGUCCUCUACUUCUUUACCAUGGCUGGCAGUGUUUGGUGGGUCAUCCUUACCAUCACUUGGUUCUUGGCAGCCGUUCCAAAAUGGGGGAGCGAAGCCAUUGAGAAGAAGGCGCUGUUAUUUCAUGCCAGUGCCUGGGGCAUCCCGGGCACUCUUACCAUCAUCUUGCUCGCCAUGAACAAAAUUGAAGGGGACAACAUAAGUGGAGUGUGUUUUGUGGGCCUGUAUGACGUCCACGCGUUGAGAUACUUUGUCCUGGCUCCUCUCUGCCUAAACGUCGUGGUUGGCGUAUCCCUCCUUUUAGCUGGGAUUAUUUCCUUGAACCGAGUGCGGAUAGAAAUUCCAUUGGAGAAGGAAAACCAGGACAAACUGGUGAAAUUUAUGAUCCGCAUUGGCGUGUUUAGCGUCUUGUACCUUGUGCCCCUGUUGGUCGUGAUUGGCUGCUAUUUCUACGAGCAGGCUUACCGAGGGGUGUGGGAGACCACCUGGUUCCAAGAGCGUUGCAGAGAGUAUCACAUCCCCUGCCCAUUCCAGGUGACACAGACGAGCCGCCCUGACCUCAUCCUUUUCCUGAUGAAGUAUCUGAUGGCGCUGGUAGUGGGUAUACCGUCCGUGUUCUGGGUGGGCAGUAAGAAGACCUGCUUCGAGUGGGCCAGCUUCUUCCACGGUCGCAGGAAAAAAGACAGAGGUGUUAAUGAAAGCCGCCAGGUCCUGCAGGAGCCGGACUUUGCCCAGUCCCUGCUUCGGGACCCGAAUACCCCCAUCGUCCGGAAAUCACGUGGGACCUCCACUCAGGGAACAUCCACCCACGCCUCAUCCACCCAGCUGGCUAUGGUAGAUGACCAGAGAAGCAAAGCAGGGAGCGUGCACAGCAAGAUGAGCAGUUACCACGGCAGCCUGCAUCGCUCCAGGGACGGAAGGUACACACCGUGCAGCUACCGAGGAAUAGAGGAACGCGCCCCCCACGGCAGCCUGUCCCGCCUCACGGACCACUCCCUCCACAGCAGCACACACAGACUCAAUGAGCAGUCCAAGCAGGGCAGCAUCAGAGACUUGAACAAUCCCCUUUCCCACAUCACCCAUGGUACCAGCAUGAAUCGGGUCAUUGAAGAGGAAGGAGCAAGCGCCUGACGGACUCCUUCUGUUGGGAAAACGUUCAUCUUCUAGGAUGCAUCGGAGAAGUAACUUACGCCGGGACAAGUCCUGGCCACUCGUCAUGACCCUUGCGCAGGGUCAACACUCGAAACGCGUAUGCGCGUAAGUACACGCGUUUCCAGAAACAUGCCUCUUCUGCUUCCAUCAGCGAGCAGCGGAGUAACUUACCUGAGCGUCUCCGACCGGAAAAGAUCGGGUGGAAUACACCACACCAGGGAUCAGAAACAUUUCGGUGACCACUGAUCUGCCAUUCCAUCCACACUGUAUAAAAUAGACCCUGUGAGUGGGUACCUGUUCCAGCGUCGUCUUCUGUUACGUCCACACGUGGUUCUACACCUGUGAAGAAGAUUGAUCUGAUUAUCUGAAUACCGUUGGUGCUUUCCAGUCCUCCCUGGAAUUUCCGUGAAUAGACAUGUGACGCUUUGUGUAUGUAGCUAGGUCACACUUUGCGUCCUGCCAUGAGACCUCUGCCCAUCCCGUUUAGGUGUCGGUGGACCGAGGAGUGAGUGGCAUAGACUGAGGCCUCCUGCUGUCUUUCUGAGGAACACUGGCAGCUUCUGCAUCCAUUCUACGCUUCCCUUUGAUAAAUCGGACUUUUAAAUUAUUUAUUUGAUAAAUUUGAGUAGUGGUCGGCCAUUCAGCCGAACUUUCAUUGGGCCUUGUCCUGUGGUUUGUUUGUUUUUUACGUCAUCGUCACUUCCCAUUUUCGCUGAUACUGAUUUUAUUUUCUAAAUCGUUAAAUACCAGGGCUGGGAAGACGUUGGCACUCCUGUGCGGCUGCAGCGCCCCGUCGCCGCCGGCUGCAGGUAAUGUGACGCCUGGUUCAGGAACCGCCCCAAGUGGUGUAGUUGGUCGAUCAGAGAUGUAAAAUAAGCCCAUAAACCGUGCUGGGGUUUGUACAUAUUGAAGACAGAAAUGGCAAGCCGCUAAAAUGGAAUCAGUAUGGCAGGCAGCCAUGAUGGCACCAUUUUUCCGGAAAAGGACCGCCAUCUUGCCACCAAGGCUAUUCAGUGUGUAUGUAACAAUAUAGCCCGACCUGGGGGUAAAUUACUAAAAUGGGAGUUCUAUUUAAGAUGGGAUGUUGCUCAUAGCAACCAAUCAGAUUCUACUUCUCAUUUAUCUAGCACCUUCUAGAAGAUAAUACCUGGAAUCUGAUUGGUUGCUAUGGGCAACAUCCCAUUUUAAAUUGAACUCCCAUCUUAGUAAAUAUACCCCCUGGUGUCUGUACGAUAGGAAUUUAUCUUGUAGAUACAUUUAAAGAAGAAAUUGUUAUAAAAGAAAAACUAAAGGGAAUUGCUCUAUUUAAAGCAUUUUUUUUAUACUACUGAUAAACGUUGGGAUAUUACAGUAUUCCCUGCCAUAGGAACAAAUGUGUUAUUGUGAAGAAGUAUCUCAGAAGUCGGUUCUCUAGUUGGAAACUUUACAAUUGCAGGGGGCUGUGAAGCCAUUAAAGAAAGUGCAUCCUUCCAUUCAGCGGAGGCAGCCAUUUUGUCAGCUUCACCAAUAUGGCUUCCUCGCCAAUGAAAUCACUGGCAGCCUGCUGCAUCACUGAGGCGGCUAUCUCAUGAAUAUUUCUCCAGCUGUUUUGCGCCUUAGCGAUAUCAACCAACAGGAACCCCUGCCAUGGAUACUGGUUCAGCCCACAAAAUGGCUGCCUCCUAUGUGUGUAGGAAACCUGAGCACUUUGUUUUACUAUCUGUGUUUCAUACUGCUGUGGGCAGAUCUCUGUACUGUACCGCUGGCGACCACGGGAGAGGUGGUGUUUGGUCGCCGUGGCGGUAUCCAGGCCCGUGGUUCGAUUAUCAUGUAGGAAAUGUUUAUUUUCAUUUGCACUCAUUUCUGUAGAGUUAUGCUGUACCGCGCUGUUUACAGUACAUGGACCCUCUGUUGUGUAACAUGAAUGCUGUGUGUUAGCACUUUAACAGUAAGUGUACAUUGUGGAAUCAUCCUUGUCUGUAGUUGUACAUCUCAGUUUAGAGAGAGGUUGAAUUUUUGUAAUAAAAUUUCUGUGAAAUAUUAA